AUGAGGAAGCACGGCUGGCAGCUCCCCUACCACCCUCUCCAGGUCUGGUCUUUCUCGCUGUUCCGUUUUUCUCUCAGCAGUUGUGAGUGUGACUCCUCAGCUCUCAUUUCCCUGGGUCAGGUAGUGGCCAUUGCGGUUUUCCUGGCUCUGGGGGUCGCCUUCUACGUGUUUUUCGCCCCAUUUGUCGGAAAUAAGAAGCUUGAGCAUUUGGCAGCCGGGCUCUACACUCCUCUGGUUAGUCAUUUCCACCCAUCAGGUCUCUCAUUUCUUUCAUACAUUAUUCUAUGUCAAAGGUUGACAUUUAUCUCGUUGUCCUUUCUUUUUAUGUGUGGGUCUAUACGUCAUACUGAGCUCUGUAUAGUUUUUAUCUUGCUGUUCAGAAACUCUCCAAUGUUUCCCCUUCACGAUGUAUAUAACACGUGAAAAAAACUUUCUCUUGUAUUCAUAAUGUCCGGUGAAAUUGAAGUUAAGAUAAAGUGUUGGUUGUCUAGCCUGCAUCAUGUUGUACUUUCGGAGGUAGCUCAAACAUAACAUCUGACUUUGGUUAAAUUUUCUAGCUUUCGUGCGUCUUCUGCAUAUACGUUUGGUGCGCAGCAACAGAUCCAGGGGAUGAAGGAAUUUUCAAGUCAAAAAAGUAUCUGGGCGUUGUGGAUGACGAGAAACCUGCCAGCUCAAAGGGACCCAGACAAGGGAACGAGUCCAUUUCCUCUGUUAAUGAAAUGAAUACUGCUACCUUUGGGGAGAAGUCCCUAAAUGAGGCCUCAGCUACCGAUGCUAGUGUUGGGAUAUCGUUGAAUGAGUUCCAAAAAGAAAGUAUUUCUUGUUUUCUGGCUCUGCUGGGAAGGUGCCCUCUUUCGUACGUAUGUCGCCAGUCUCAUUCAUGUGGCCAACGUACAGAGCAACAGAUGAGCGAGGAUGGAUCGUUUUACUGCAGUCUUUGUGAAGUUGAGGUGAGCGGCUAAUGUCUGACCUUGGAUGGCGAUGUUCCAACCUUUUUCUUGCUGAUAGUAUUUUCUGUUCUAUGGUUUGUUUUCAACGUUAUGGUCCAUGUCAUGCAUUAUCCUGAAUUAUAGAGGAUUUAAUGACUUCAUUUUAAGAUAUUUUGAAUCACUGCAGAAGUCAACCAUUAUAUUAUAGUUGGGACCGGUCAACCGGUAUCACAGAAGUCACUGUUUUGUCCAUAGAUUCAGGUGGAAAUGCUGGUUGAAAGAUCAGAUCAUUAGUCUUUAUUGGAGGAAUCGUGCCCGUGGGCUAUGCAUUGAUAGCAUCCCUCAUGUACAUCUACAUAAAUGAUAGCAAAAAUGAGCUGCUGCUGAGGUGUAGUUACCUGAAAGUCAAUGAAAAUCCAGAUGAUUUUCUUGCAGAAAAUUUUCUUUUAUGGUCAUCCUUUUGUAGCAGUAGGUGAUAAUCCUAACGGAAAUUUAGUUUUGUCUUUGGUGUCAGUUUAAACUCUUGAUCAGGUGCUUUUUCCCAGCUCUAUAAAUUUUAUAAUUCUUGAACAUAAAUUAGAUAAUCUUUUUGAGUAACAAUUGCAGCUGUCGUCAUAUCUUUGCUCUUCAGAGGAAUGAAGCAUACAGAUCAUCUGAUGAUCCACUCUAGUUUUUAUUGACUGCAAUGAAUAAUCUGUACAUCGGAUUUAAUCCUCAAGCUCCUAUCCCAAUCCCGCAGGUGUACAAGUAUAGCAAGCACUGCAGAGUCUGUGAUAAAUGUGUGGAUGGUUUUGAUCACCAUUGCAGGGUACUGAGCUCUUCUCAAAAUCUCAUCUGUACCCCUUCAAGGAUAUCUGACACCAUCCCUUCCCUUCAAUUUGCAGUGGCUCAACAAUUGCAUCGGCAGAAGAAACUACCGAGGGUUCUUCAUCCUCAUGGUAUCUGCUCUUCUCAUGGUACGCCGCUCUUAGAGACGAUCUCCUCAGAAGUUGUCUCCCCCAAUCACAGAUUUAGCAAUCAUCCCUCUCACAUCCACAGCCCUCGCUUGCUCCGCCCCACAAGCACCGUCUUUCUGGUCCUUUUCAUUUGGGAUAUUUAUUGACAGGCAUGGGUGGUUUGUGCACCUUGGGCUUGAGCUUGCAGCUUAUUCUACAGUGGUCAGCGGGGGUGUUCAUCUUGAUUCGCUGUUUGCUCAAGCAGAGAGAGUUCACAGGGGAUAUAACAUCGAAGCUGGGGAGCAGCUUCUCCUUGCCUGCAUUCGUUGUCGUUGUGGUGGGUCUGCUCUGAUUUUAAUUUUUUAUUGAAGAAAAUCUGAACAUAGGAGAAUUUUAUUUUUUUAAUCUGGAAAUGUGGAAUGACCCUAAUGUUAUUUUAUUAAAAAAAUUAGAUGCUUUUGUUUUCAGGGUUCGUGCUCUUUCUUGGCCAUGGUUGCCACCUUACCGCUCGCCCAGCUUUUUUUCUUCCAUGUCCUCCUCGUAAAAAAGGUAUGUGCUUCGGAAGUUUUGCUUGUUUACUCGUUGACAAUUGUUUAAUGUUCGUCAACUAAUCACAUGCAUCCCUUGCCGCAUUAUAAACAACAGCCGUUGACUAGAACAGGAAAUAUUUAUCUUCCUCUCUCUCUCUCUCUCUCUCUCUAAAAUAUAACUUUUCUUUUCAAGGUUAACUGCAUUCUCUAAUGGGAUUCAUAAAUCUCUAUUCAAAAUAAAGGUCAGCAAACCUUCUAGAACACAGAUGAGCGAGAGUAGUGUUUGAGAUUCAACGUGAUCAUGAUCAUCGUCAACAUCAUCAGCAUCAUUAAAGUCUCAUUUAUUUUUUUCUGGGCAGGGAAUCAGCACGUACGAUUACAUCGUGGCCUUGAGGGAGCAGGAGCAGGAGCAGCAGGGAAUGCGGGGCCAGCAGAGCCCCCUGAUGUCCCCGGUCAGCUCCCUCACCGGGCUGAGCAGCACCAGCUCCUUCACCAACUUCCGCCGCGGCGCCUGGUGCACCCCUCCCCGGCUGUUCCUCGAGGACCACCAGGUUUCUCCUCCUCUUGCCUUCUUUCCUGCUCGAGAGGGAUGGUUGCAGUGGAUCACUCAGUGGGAAUCUUUUCAUCGUCUUUCUUGUCUGCAGUUUGAUGUGGCGCUGCCGGAGGUCGGAGGGUCGUUCCGUUCUGUGGGGAAGAGGCCUGCGGCAGAGCAGGGGAGAAACCCAGUGGCUGUGAAGAUCAGCCCGUGGACGCUGGCACGGAUGAAUGCCGAGGAGGUCGCGAGAACGGCAGCAGAGGCACGGAAGAGGUCCAGGCUGCUGCGGCCGGUGACGAGGAGGGAUGUUCCUGUUGGGCCGGAGACAGACAGCAGCUUCGGCAGUGGCAGCGGCCGAAUGAUGCCGAUUAUCGAGCGAGUGACCAAGGCGACGAACAAGAGGGGGGGCCGGCCACCCACCGGCAACACGCUUCAUGAAGCCCUUGUGAAGACCUCUGCUGGCGGCGCAUCCUCUGGCGUGGCGCCACUCCAGCUCGCGGCGAGGGGCGCAUUCUGCACGAACCAGCCCACGUCCUCCCACGGCGGCGGCGCCGCCGCUGCCUCCCCUGACAGUAGCCGGUCCUCCUCUGUCGCUGAUGAGGCCCGUAAGGGCAUUGUCCACCGCUCCGACGAUGCCACCGAUGGGUACGAGGCCUCCGGCGGAGAGGACAGCGACCGGAUUCCCGCUGGAACCGUCCACCGGCUGCCGAUCUGGAACAACCUCCUCUUUGACUCAGGCCGCAUCGACACCUCCUCUUUGAAAGGGCCAGCUGAUGGCAGGCUCGACUAG